AUGGAUUCUGACGAUUCUGAUUAUCCUUCCAGAUAUAGUGGAUAUAGAAGUGACUCUGUCGACAGAGACACAUCUGGAGCAGCACAUUCAAAUCCAGCCACGGCGAAUAGUUCAACAAACGCAAGAAAUGCAGCCGAACAACGUGAUGCUAACAACGAAUCUAAUGCAGCUGCAACUCCAAGUAACGGGGACUCUACCAAUGUGACAGCUACCACGACAAAUGUACCUACCUCCGGAGUUGAGUCUAAUCUUACCACAAGAGAAUUUCAGACUUUUAUUAUUGAUCAACUGGUAAAGAUUCAAGAACAAAAUGAAAUCCUCAAACAGAAAGUCGAAACUUUAGAACAAGAACAAGAAGCAUACUAUUUGAACAAUGCAAAGAGGCUUGAAAGUGGAUUUAGGGAUAUCACCAAGUCU